AGAACAUGCGCGUAACUCCGGGAAACCCGUGCUCGAAUAAUAAAGCAUGUACAAGCUGACGUCGACACUCUACUCACGCAUAUCCAUAUCCAUCUAAUCCCACACGGCCAACUCUCAUCCCAUAUCCGCUCCGCCGGGCCACUUUCGCCGUCCCCGCGUACGCCGCAAGACACAGAGGCAUGCAUGCAUAUGCACGUCUUUCUUGUCUCGGGCCCAUCACCUCCAUGCGCGCAACGCACGCGACCGACCCCCCGUCGACAGCCCCGACUUUUUUUAAUCCAUCCCUGGAAAGCUCACUUUUUUUUUUUCUUCCCUUUUCUCUUGUCUCAUUGACAUGCACGUCAUGUUCCCACUUUCAUUGCCGUUUAGACGUAUUUUCUCGUAAUACAAGCGGUAAUGGCUUGCAGUGAAACCUAUAGACAAUAGCCAAACCUAUAUUAGAUGAUAGCCAUAUCAAAGCC